UGAUUAUGACUAAUUCUACUUCCGGGGACUCAUAAAACGAAAAUGGCGGACGACGACAGGAUAGCAAAUGCGUGUAGAAAUGACACAUUAGACCGUUGUAAAGUUGAUGAAUUGAAAAAGUAUUUGCGCAGUGUUGGACAGUAUGUAUCGGGAAAUAAAUCUGAAUUAAUCGAUCGAGUGAAGGGAGCAUAUAAACUGGGACUUGGGAAUGUUUAUGAUUUACAAGAAUCGGAUCGAUCUGCAUUCCUGAGGAGAGAAAAUGAACGGUUGCAGACUCCAAUAGGGGGGAAGAUGACUCAUCCAUCGUGUAUCGACAGUUGGAGUGAUGAUGUGUCAUUGAUUCCGGAUAUGACUGAGAAGGACAUUUAUAAUUAUUUCGUGUACAAGCUGAACACAAAACGUCAGUUGAAGUCAAAGGUCAUGUACGAGGAUGGGCACAUACACCGCGUCCAGGUUAACAACCCAGAUGAAAACGAGAGUCACUGCUUCGUUAGAUGCAAGGCGAUUCCUUCAAUGCCUUCAACAAACCAGAAACAGUGUCCUGACUAUGAUGUAUGGGUGAUGCUUUCAAAGAUGACUGGUUGCAUAAAUUCUGCUGAAUGCAGUUGCACUGCAGGGGAAGGCGAAGGCUGCAACCACAUAGCUGCCCUCCUGUAUGGCAUUGCAGACAUAACAGAGAAGAAGAAAGAUGGUAAACUUGCACCAACAUCAGUGAAAUGUAAAUGGAACAAUCCUAGGAAACGGAAAUUAACCCCCAAAAAGUCUCAGGACCUUACAUUUCAAAAGGUGAUUCAUGGGAAGCAAAGUGUAAAUAAAAAGCUGUCCGUGCCAGUUUUCAAUAUACAGAAGCCAGUUGAUGUGGACAAGUUUAAGGACAAACUUCUUGGCAUGGGUGCAAAUGCUGGGUGGCUGAAGAACUUCGAAGUGAAAACUGACUCCAUCUUUAUUCCCAAACUGAACGAAAUUAAUUUCAACUUUAGUGAUAGUGUAAACCUUAAAGACCCAAAACAAACUGAUUUCUUUAAUUCAUACUUUAAAUCAAUGCAGAUCACAGAAGUUGAUUGCAUGACAAUUGAGUGUCUAACGAGAAGCCAAGGCCAGUCCGAUUUGUGGGCACUAGCAAGGGAGGAGAGAUUGACGGCAUCAAACUUUGGGCGCAUAUGCAAACAAAAAAACACAACGGAACCAGAUUCUGUUCUAAAAGACCUGCUAAAGUACAGGACAUUUGAUACCAUAUACACAAAGUAUGGACGUAACCAUGAGAGUGUGGCGAGGAGAACAUAUGAAAAAACUAUGAGAAAAUCCCAUCCAGGAUUAAGUGUCAAGAAAUGCGGCCUGCUUGUGACACCAGAGUUUCCUCAUCUUGGUGCCAGUCCAGAUGGAUUUGUAAACUGUACGCAUUGCGAGAACCAUAAUGGCCUGUUAGAAAUUAAGUGUCCAGCAUCAAACAACUGGAAAAUGAAAGUUCCGGAAGAAUGUGCCAUUGACCCAAAAUUCUUUUGCCGUUUAGGUGCCGAUGGAAAAUUAUUACUGAAAAGGACCCAUAAUUACUACUACCAGGUUCAGGGACAACUUGGGAUUAGUGGCCGAAAGUGGUGUGAUUUUGUCGUUUGGACAUGCAUGGGUAUAUCAGUGGAAAGGAUCUAUGCGGAUAGUGACUUUUUCAAGGACAACAUGUUGCCAUUCUUGAAUGACUUUUAUGUGAAAGCUUUGCUUCCAGAAAUGUUCACUUGCCGUGUAAAACGAGGGUUAAAAUUGUUCACUUAAAAAUGAGGCCACAUUCUCCGACUUAUUCAUAAUGUUCAUCUGCAGAAAAAAAUGUAUUUUACUAGUUAGUAAUUAGUUUAUCUGCAAAAAAUAUGUUUUUCAAUAAGAUUAAUUUAACUAUUUAGUAAAAAUGGCAUUUUUAUAAUCAGUUAUGUGAAAUUGAAUCUAUUGGUACAUUCUCUAGACGCACUUUUUGUUAUUAUUUCAUUGGUACAUGUAUGUUUGCCUACACAUUAAAUAUUUCUGA